CAACACCAGUUGAAUUUACCGCUGCCAGACGGUCUGCAAAACUGUUUAUUGUGGUGUGUUUUCGCACAGUUUUCUAUUAAAAUGGUAUUAAUAAUGCCUAUUAGCCCUCCUGAGCAUGGUCUCUUGUACACGGCUAACAAUAUUAAACUAAAACUUGGCGAUAAAGUCGUUGGCCAAGGCACUAUAUAUAUUUCGCAAAACACGCUUUCUUGGCAACCGGUGGAUCUCCAAGAGGGCAUUUCGAUUGAGUGGAAGCAAGUCAGCUUACAUGGCAUUUCUUCGAAUCCCAGGAAAUGUAUUUACUUUAUGCUGGAUCGCAAAGUGGAAUGGGAAGGAGUCUACAUGGGACGUAGUCUCGAAAUCAAUGGCCAGAAUGGUGCUAACGAUGAGCAACAGCGUAAUGCUGCUGCAGCAGUUGUUAACAACGAUGUAGAUGAGGGCAAUGGUAGUGAUGACCUAGACGAUGACGAGGACGAUGACAACUUUGAGGAUGCAGUCGAUCAGCAACUAGACGAUGUUACCGAGUGCUGGCUGCUGCCCGAUGAUAUACACACUGUGGACACCAUGUACAAUGCUAUGACCACUUGUCAGGCAUUACAUCCUGACUCGGCGGACAGCAACUCGGAGGAUAGCGAUCCCAUGGAGGAUGCUGGUGGCGUUGGCAUGGCCUUUGAUGAUCAGGACAUGGUGGAGGAUGUCCUUACACUGGGUCGCAAUGGUGGCGAAGUUGGCGGCAUGCAGAAUCUUAGCCUUGACGAUGAUGAUGAGCGCUUUGAGGACGCGGACGAAUAA